CAACCCUGGGGUGGUCCAAUACGUAAUUCCGCUUGGACCCAACCACCCACCUGCCCACCCCCCCCCAAAGUUCCUCCCCUCUGGACCCUGCGCCCGUUGACGCCCAUUGAUGUCACCUCGCAACCCGACUCCUGCCUCCCGUCCUGCCGUCUUCGAGAUUCAGCACCCACGACAACUAUGUCCCCACUGCCAACCUUUUUCAGACUGGCCCACCCGGACGGCCCUGUCCUUGUUCGCGUCGCGCCCAGAUCGUCCACAAAGUCUCGGCCGCUUGACCUCGAGUUGAGGGCAACAGAUGAUGUGCGCGCCUUUGUCCUCCCGUUGCAACACAGCAAGAUCUCGCGCUACAGGAGAGAUGCAAGUUCUCUGUCAGAUGAGGAGUGGGAGUCCUGCCUGACCUCCUUGCUCCUGGGAACCGGUCCGAUCGGUGAGCUUGAUGUUUCCGCCAAAUUUACCGGCGAGAACCUCGACAUCGAAAUUGGCAAGAGAGUUUCCGGAGCCACGGAUGUCGCCGGCACCCUUGUCCUCAGACCCAGCAAAUCUGCUACCAAGAAUGCAGACAUGUUUGCCUGGGCCAGUGAGGCCGUGCUGCGCCAGGCCCAGCUGGCUGAGGAACUCGCCGAGCUGAAGCUCAAACAUGACCACCUCGAGAAACGUGUUGACGACGAGACGGCCAAGCUCAAAGCGUUGGCGCACAGCAAGAAUGACUUCGAGUCAGAGCAUAACUCGUUCUUCAGGGAUCUCAUCAACGAGAAGAAACUGAAAAUCCGCACCCAGGAGCAGAUCCUGGCUACCGCACGCGUAGAUGAGGCGAAGCUCGCAGCUCUCAAAGCCAGGGCGGAACCAGCCAAAUCGGAAGCCAUCUCGAGGCAUCCAGGUGCUGCUGGGUCUUCUAGAAAGGGCAAGCGGAAGGCUGAGUCUCACGCCGACGACGCCGAUGGCGCGGAUCUUGACGGGAUGGACAUCGACAAGAAAUCGGUCAUUUCGGGCCAGGAGCUCUAUGAAAUUGACCAGGCCACAGAGGAAGACACCGCGAGUGAGCAUGAGCCCGACUCGGAGCCCAAGCCGGCCUCGAAGUCUAACAAGCCAUCAAACCUGCACGGCAACGCCACUGUAGUUACGGCCAAUGAAGAUGAAGAGAUGCCCGCGCCGAGGGCACUGCCCUUUGGCAGAAAGGCAGAGCCUACUUCGUACCCAGCGGAUGAUGAGUCGACGGCAUCCGAGAGCUGAUCUCUGGAGGCGCGUGUUGUGUCGGACAACCAGGCAUGUAUUUUCGACUGCCACUACCACGACGACGUUAGAGCCAGGGCAGAUGGUGAGUAGGAUGAUCGGGACGCCUUGCUCUGCAUCAGAGCAUCGGGGAAUGUGUGGCCCUGCAGAAUGAUGAUUUCUGUGCACUCGAAGUCAUACGUGAUCGCAACUGCAGAUGUGCCAAUCCAUAAUGUUCCCGCUGCAAUGACUUUCUUCUUCUCACAAGUAUCCUUUAGACCAGGGCGUGCUCAGAUUGAAGACAAGGCAAGGUCUUGAAAGCCUGUGAUCUGUGCCCCGUUGGCCGGGGUCGCAAGCAUUACAGACAUGUGGCCCGUCCAACAUGCAUGCGCGAGCUGGUUGAGAAUAGUCGGGAAUCUAUAAUGUCGAAUAAUCGGGUAUCUCUGCUCGACGUUCAGGGAGUAACAGAGCAGGUAUAGCUUAGGGCAAACACUUCGUAAGUAUGUGUUUCAAUAAGCUCUACAGGUCUCUAGUAAUCAGAGGACAUAAAAUUUAUUUUUCUUGUUAUUUGUA